AUGCCUUCUUUGGAGGAGGCUCCCCUCGUGAGCUCGCGGACCUUGGAAGUAGAUGAGGGCUCCCUCAACCAGUCCACGCGUCCGACGCUCGUCAAGGUGUUGCAGAGGAGUUGGAGCCACAUUGGCUGGCUCUGCAUUUCUCUCGCCACAAUAUGUUGCGCCAUCGGUUUAAGCUCAGUGGCUUCGCGCAGACAGCUACAGCAGCUACGGGCGACGGCCGUCCGGAUGGACGAGAAAGCUGCAGUUUUACCCGUGCCGGAUCUAUUCUGCUUCACGGUCAUGGGAGUACCUGCCAGGGAACAAGGACUCCUUCUGUCGCAGAAGAGCAAGCAAAAAGGACUCUUCGAAUGCCCAGAUUGGGCAGUUUUCGCAUCCACGAAGAUACCGCCUUGUUCCCAUGUGAUUGAAGGCCUUCAGACGCAGGUCCCAAGUGGCGGGCAAUGGAAUACUGCCCUCAACACACCAGUCUUCGCUGCCAUCUGGAAGAAGGUGCUGGAGCUCCCAGAAUUCAAAGCCCAUGCCUGGACCGUGAAGCUGGAUCCUGACACCGUCUUCCUCCCGGCCCGACUCGAAAGCUUUCUGCCCAAGAACGCUGCACCAACAUUUCUGGUCAACUGCAACGAGGGAUUACAUGGCCCCAUCGAAGUGGUGUCUAAAGCAGCUGUGGAGAAUGUCCAGUGGGAAACAUGCGGCAACAUCCAGCAAGAGGACCUGUGGCUCCAAAGUUGUUUGUUCCGAUCGGGGGCUUUACCCCGGCCGGCCUUCCCUGGCAUGCUCCUGGAGAAGGGAUGCGUUCCCAGAAUCCAGGCCAGCUGCGGUACAGCCAAUGUGGCUUUUCAUCCGAAGAAGACGUUUCCUGAGUGGUGGAGCUGUUGGCUCCAAGCUUUCGCUUUCCCACAGCCGGGCUGGACAGGCGAGGUCCGCAACACCCGCUGUGAACCUGGAGCAGGCGGCGACACUAUUCUCGGGCAAGCAGAGCCUUUCUCCAAGUCGAUGUCUCCAGCGGACUGCCAACGUGCAUGUGAGCGUGUUCAAGCUUGUGAGGCUGUAAUCGUUCUGGAGAGCCAGGAUCCAACCCCAUGCCAGAUGCGCACGAAUCUGGAGCUCUCGAAAUGUGUGGCUGCAAGCGGAUACAGUGUUUGGGCGAAACCCUUGCCAACAACCACAACUGCAUCAGCUGCGACAACCGUAGCAUCUACUACGACAACUACGACUGCGGUGAGCAGAGUGCCGAGAAUCGCUCCGAACCAGGCUUCAACGAUAUCUUCACCUUCGAAUACCAGCAACGCAACUGCAAAAUCCAAAGAUGAUUUGCGACAAGAUCUUGGUACUUGGCAAGAGUGGGGGUCACUGAAUUGCUUCCACACCUUUGCUUCAGAGCCGAUCGCCGUCUCUUCGUAUGUGGCUGAGAACUUGGAGGACUGCCUGUCGGAAUGCGUCGAGCACAGCGACUGCGAUGCUGUGGUUUAUGCCGUGGACAACAAGAGAUGCUGGCUGCGGCAAAACCUUGACAUAGACAAGUGCACCGUCAGCGAUCGUUAUCGGAUCCUCGUUCGGCCGCACAGGAAUUCCCGACGAACGGAGAAAUCCGUAUAG